AUGUCAACCCUUGAUACGAGUGUUAUGAAUUCAUCUCCGUUAUCUGGUUUCUAUAGCUGGACAGACACUUUGAAGGGCGUGUUCUAUGGCCCAGGGUCUGUCAAAACAGCACUUCCAAAACUGCUAAACAUUUUAGGUGUUAAAAAAGCGUUGGUUGUGACUGGCAAAAGUCUGUACCACAAGACUGAUGUGGUCAAGAGAGUAGAAGACAUCUUGAAGGAAUACAAUGCAUGGGGCGGCACUUUCUACGAGAUUGGCGAGCAUAGCCCAAUUUCUGGAAUUCGAAAUGGGAUCAAGGAAUACCGUCAAACUGGGUGCGACUGCAUUGUGGCGGUGGGAGGUGGCUCUCCCGUGGAUGCAUCUAAAGCGAUUUUGUAUAAUAUUCAAUUGGAGGUUGGCGGGAAAACUCCUCCACAGAUUGCAAUCCCUACGACUCUCAGUGCGGCUGAAUAUAGUAUUGGGGCAGGCUUCACCAAUGAUGAAGGCGUUAAAGUUGCCGUGUCUUCUCAAGACCUUGCGCCUUCUGGGAUUAUCCUAGAUGCAGAGCUAACCUUAGCAACCCCAGAAAGACUCUGGUUAUCCACGGGUAUAAGGGCACUUGACCAUACUGUUGAAAAUCUUUAUAGGCCAUUGGUAUCUCACCCUGUUAAAAUUUUAUGUUAUGCAGCCAUGGCAGACCUUGUAAAGUAUCUUCCUCUUUCAAAGGCUGAUCCUGAGUCUGUGGAUGUUCGACAAAGACUUCAAAUAGCCUCGUGGAUGAGCCUAUGGCCAAUGAAAUUAGAAAAGUAUAGUGCGCUUGGUUUGUCUCAUGCUCUGGGUCAUAAACUUGGAGCUCGAUAUAGCAUUCCACAUGGAAUAACUUCGUGUCUUACACUUGCACCAACGGUGCUAUUGAAGUCCGAGCUCGCCUCUCAGGAAGACAAGCAAGCGUUGGCUGAUUCAUUAUUCUACCUUCGAGUACCGUCUACCGGGUCUUUGGAAGGAGACGUCCGUGGCCUGUCAGCCAUAAUCAAUGAGCUUGUGAUUGAGCUCGGUUUAAAGUCGACUCUCUCAGAGUACAAAGUGCCGAAAGAAGACUUGGUUUCCAUUGCAGGUCAAGCUUUAGGGAACGAGGAGCAUCCCGAUGUUCCUAGGGUCGUGAAAUUACUGGAAGGGCUAUAUUAG